AUGGGUACAUUUGAUAUGGAAAGCAUGCUGGACAUAUCACCGCCGCCGAACGAAGUCGCCGGAAGCCACCAGCAACCUACGAGCGCGGUCGCGAGCCAGUGCCAGCAGCCGCGCAUCGACAGUCGCCGCGCAUGCUCCCAGCGACGACCCGCCGUGCACGUCGUCCCCGUCCCGUGCACCAUCACCGACCCACGAUCUUCGUGUCUCGCACCCAGCGCGAGAGAUUGCAUGCGCCCGGCAAUCCUUGCGCGACCAGGAGACCAGUGUUGCACGACCGCGUGUUCCCAGACGUGCACGAGCCCAGUCCGCCAAGGCAUAGGAGUGCUGCUCCGGCACGCGCCCGAGCCAUCAGUGCCUGUCCGCGUCUGCACCAGCACCUGUGCGUCCUGA